UGUGAAAAGUAAAGUACAUUUACGCUUUGAAACACAGAGAUUGAGCGAACCAAAACCUCACUCUCUAGAUUACCCUGAAAUAAACCGUCUUCACUUUCACUGUCUGCAACUUGCAACACAACUAGUUGAGAAGCUACUUCUUCUUUUUCUCAGAUUCUUUGUCUGCAAAAAUUUCCUUCCAUUUUCUCUCCAAAUUCACCUCAAGAUGCCGAUCAACAAAGACCCAUCAACUCCUCCGCCUGUCAUCGGAAAAAUCGGGCCUUACACUGUCUUCAUGACUCCUCCGGCGACUCCAAAACCACCUGAAUCUUCUGCCGCCGUGUCUCAGAAGCCCAUCGUUCCACCACCGGUUCUUCCUCCGCCUCAGCAGUUCAAAUCGGUGGCUUCCUCUGAACAGGACGGCUCAGUUUUGGGGUUCUUCAAAAACGCCGUCACAAAGGUUCAAAAUGCACAUUCAAGCGUGGAUGAUCAUUUGGUGAGGUGGUUUGGGUUAAACCAAUCUAAGUACCAGUGGGCUUUGGAUGAGUAUUACGAAGGCAAAGGAUCAGAAAUGAAGAGCGUGAAAGCAAAGGAGAUGCCGGGAAAAGUGCAGAGCGUAUAAGCAACCAUAUAUUCACUUCUUGUGCCUUUGGUCAGUUCCAAAACCUGAUUUUCUGGGAGAGUUAAAAAAAAAGAAGCUUGAGUCUUGAUAAAAGUUUUCUUCAGAUGAUCGAUCAUUGAAUCCAUUUAACCCUAGAGUGAUUCUCUUUUGGUGUUUUUGAGAAACAACGGUAGUUCCAUUGUAGUUUUAUGUAUUAGGGGUGAAAUCUCCAAAGGAAAAAUGGAGUGUUUGCAUUGAUCAUUUGGUUUGUUGUAAGUUUAAUCACAUUGUUUACUUUUUACCCUAUCGUUUAUAAUUUACUACUUACUAGUA